AUGUCCGCAGAAGCAGCACUCACCUCCCAAACGGCCCAAUCCCUCGUCCCCUCCCUCUUCCCCCCUCGCAGCAUCCCCACCCAACCUCAAAUCAACACUGCGAUCGAAAAAUGCCUCGAAAUCCAGCGGCGCGCUGUAUCGUUUGGGAAGAGGCCGUUCGCGGCGUUGUUGCUUGCGCCUGAUCAUGAGACGGUGCUGUUGAUGCACCAGAGUGUUGAUCAGGUUAAUCAUGCUGAGAGCUCGUUGGCAAGACUAGCAUACUGCCAUUACCCCAAGGAGUAUCUGUGGACAUGCACGCUUGUCAGUACUUGGGAGCCUUGUGCUAUGUGUUCUGCAACGAUAUACUGGGCGCAUAUUGGACGCGUGAUCUACGCUGCAUCUAACGAACAGCUUGCUGCCUUGACGGGACCGGGGAAUAAGGAGAAUUUCACAAUGAAGUGGCAUACGAGGGAUAUAUUGUUGGAGCAGCAGAAGGAUGUACAGGUCAUUGGACCGGUGGAGGGGAUGGAUAAGGUGGUGGUUGAGGAGAGUGAUGGGUAUUGGAAGACUACUCGGCGGUAG